CCCGAAGAGGAUGAAUGGGAGUACGAGUACGACGACAAUGAGACAGAAGAUUUUUAUAUCCCGCUCGACUUGUCCAAUGUCCCCUCUGCGCAAAUUCCCAUGGUCUCGCAGGGUAGACCGGGUCACCCAACUUUACUCAAGAGCAGAUUGCGUGCGCUGAAUGCAGCGCGAGGUCAACCAGCCGAAUUCGCUGCCAACAACAACAACAACGAUGUGCAGGAGACGGCUACCAUGGGAGAAGUCCAAGUCGUCGGCCUUCACACACCCAAUCCACUGAUUAUGUAUAACGGCCAGUUACUAAGUUGCCAUUGGACGUCGACCAUCGGAACCGACAUGUUUUUCGUGAAGCCAGAUGCGAACGCUUCGACUCAAUCACAGGUCCUGCGGUCUCUGCCAUCAGUCGACUUGUUGGCCCUGGGAUCCGCAAAGCUGGUAGCAAAGGUUGGACGUCUGCGACCACGCGAUGAUCUUGUCGACAACGCUGGCGAUGCAGGACAGGCAGCUGAGGUCACGCAUACUCCAGGCGAUAACCAGAACGCUGCGAGGAAUAUCCCGACCCAUGCGAACACCCAGACUGCUACAGGCAAGCUCAGUAUCCGCAUAACUCCAGAGCAGCCUGUAAACACUCCCGACACUCUCUCCUUACAUUGGCUGUUUGGCAAAACCGGUGGAUACGUGACCCGCCUCAAGGAGGAUUACCGGCAAGAUACCCCGAAUGAAUUGUUCACAUCUGCGAAAGCUGAGGCACGAAUCAUAAGAGAGGUUGCGGAUUGGCUGCAGUCGCAAGAAUGUGAUGAAUUCUGGACGCCCAAAGCACGGCAGCCUCGUCGAGCGCUUCCUACUGCUACCCAGCUACUCCAACAGUUAGAAAACUACGAAUUCCUGUCAGCUACCUCUUCAAGCAAGACGACUGCUUUUGAAACCCUCGUCUGUGUCAUUGCUUUGCAAUUACUAGCAGCUUCCUAUACUCACCUACCCCCUUCGAGCGCAAAUCAUAUUCCUUUGUCCCAGCAGCGCAAGGGGACGAGAUUCAUUACAGCUCUACGAUAUCAUUCUCAUUACCGCUUCUCUCCAGCCGCGGGUCAUCAGGCCCGCCCACCUUCCGAAACGGAUUCAUGGCCCGAUCUUUACGCUGGGCCAUCGAACGAAGAGAAGUUAGCACAUCAUGUCAGUCAGAAACGCAAAUCACGCAAGCAAAGCAGCGAUUGUGUUCUACAAUUCGCGGCAAGCGGGUGGACAGACGGGCCGCCAGCCAUUGUCGUAGGCGAGGACUCACGAAGCUCCUUAUCAAGAGAGUGCUCUAGCUCAUCGUCGGAGCCUGGAUUCUUCUCACGACUCAUAUGUCAGGCAGCAGUGCCAAAGAACUAUCGUCGUAAGCACAACACCAUGUUUCUGAACCGAGCCCGAAUUUCUUCGAAGAAAAAGAGGCAAAAGCAGUUGCGCUUUGAACACACGCAUGAGAAUCGCUAUGAGUGUCAAGACAUCAGUUCUCAGCCAGUUCAACGUAUACCCUCAGUACAUCGUCUCCGGCAUACCCAGUCGGCUCCGCGAAUCGAAUUCGAGACGGAAGAGGCGACCCCUGUCGAAAGUCCACAAGACGGAAAACGUCACGGCUCAGACCCGUCCAUAGGAAGCCCACUCAACUACUCUUUUGAAAUACCUGAAAUACAUCGUACAUCUAUUACACCAAAUGCAAGUUGGUGUCCAGGGUCUUCUGAGGAAGGUAUGAUGAGGGCUUGCGGACGAGGCGACCUUAUCGCUCCUCAAAAAUAUUUCGACGAUAUACCAGACACGCCAGAAUUUGAACGCCACCAGCAAUCUCAAUGGAAGAUACCCCUUUGGCGACACAGAUACACUGGCCCCGUAUCGCCGCCCUCUACUGUCGCAUCCUCCCAGUCAGCCGUGUCGAGUCUGAUCACAUCGGCUGUUGACUACUUCACAGAAGUAUACACUGACAAGCACAUCACCCAUCAGACUGACAACUGUGAAUUCGCUGCAGAAGAACACAGCGACGCUGGUCCAGGACUUGAAGAUGACCCAAGGCUGCGAAAGAUGCUGGGUGGUAUCGUGACCACGCCCUGCGAGGAUGAAUCAAGUGAUAGUGACAUGGAGAGAAACAAGAAAAGGAAGGGCAUCAAAGAAUCAGAGGUCACGGUUUGCGAGCUUGCAGAACGUUUCCGAGGCAAAACAGGAGACGGGAUCGACCAUUCAAUGGCCAAAGUCAUUUGGUGA